AUGGAAGCUUUCACGCAGCCGUCGGGUGAUAUAAGUGAGCACGGAGAAGAGAUGCGGUCCGGCCCGCCAACUAUGGGCGAGCCGGAGACUGGCCCACACAGCUUUCCAGCUAUUGAAAUCUCGCAGGCCUCGACAUCUGAUGUGCGCGACGCGGAGUCAGAAGAGGAAAAGCGAAUCCUGGCAGUCGAGCCGUUCCGGCCAGUCAUUGAGACCUUGACGCGACUGGAGCAGGAUGAUCCCAAAGCUGCAGCUCAGGGUGCUCGUCUGGUGAGUCUUUUACGGCGUUUGUGGGAGUCAUGUGUCUCCAAGCAUAUCGAUAGCCAGCGUCUUGAAGCGGGGAACCAACAGCUGCGAGCCAGGAAUUCGCAGUUACACUUCGAGGGUGACCACCUCAAGCUCACCCAUGAGGACCAGACGUCCCAUUUCUAUGCUGUUGAGCAAGAUCUCCUGAAAGUGAGGCAGGAUCUCCUUGGUGUCCUAAAGCAGUGGAACAGCACAUCCGUUGGGGAACCCACCGUCUUGCCCCAGGACGGACAAGAGGGGAAUAACGAAUAG